UGGCUCUCGGCUGCAUGGUCAUGUGUAUACAUCAUGCUGUAUGCAUGAUGUUAGGUUAGCUGUGGUGUGAGAGAAUGGAGAGCAUAGCCAGUGCACGCACUAUGUCUUCUGCUCCACUUACUGUUCCCUGGCUGUGCAUUAUUAUGUGUCUCAUAGAGAAUAUAUGACACCUGCAGCUUCUGAAUUAGAGGCAGUCGGCUUUUAGACACGUACAGUAGUAGUGGCUGCUGGUCAUGGGUGGUCAGCGCUGUAUUCUGGCAUUUCUGAAAAGUGUGGAGAUUAUCCUCAACAGAAAAAAAUGGAGUAAGUUAUAUUAAGUACAUCUAUAAAUAAUGGAAGACACAGAGUCAAGGUUUACUCACCUGCUGCAGCCAAUCAGGGAUUUGACCAAGAACUGGGAGGUGGAUGUAGCUGCUCAGUUGGGGGAGUACUUGGAGGAGUUAGAUCAGAUCUGCAUAUCUUUCGAUGGAGGUAAAACGACCAUGAAUUUUGCAGAGGCUGCUCUCCUUAUCCAAGGAUCAGCAUGUAUCUACAGUAAAAAGGUGGAAUACCUCUACACGUUGGUGUAUCAAGCUUUGGAUUUUAUAUCAAAUAAAAAUAGGCGGGACAAGCAGCCAACUUCCGUGGGCACAGAUGGGGUAGACAAGGAUGCAAACUUUCCAAACAAUAAUAAUGAUGAUGAAGAGUUUCUGAGCUUAGAUGAUAUAAGUGAUCCCAAGAAAACUAACGUGGACUUGAAAAAGGACCAAAAUCCAAACCUGGUCAACAUUGUUCCUCUUACACCAAUGGCACUAGUUCCUCCUGAGGAGGUGGAAAAGAAAAACAACCCUCUAUGCAGUCGGAAAGGAGAAGUUUUAGCCAGCAGGAAGGAUUUCCGUAUGAACACCUGUACCCCUCAUGCAGGGGGCGCCUUCAUGUUAGAACUGGCCAUGAUGUCACCAACGCAAUUUCAUCAAAAUAUGCAACGGAUGGAGGAGGCAAGCUUAUAUCCAGGUGUGAAGAAUGGAGAACAAGAAAAUAAUGAGAACCAGGAGGAAAACUGUAAUGUGCCUGUUCCUGUGCUUAACUUCUCUGAUGAUAAUGCACCUCCUAUGGAUAAUGGUGAUGAUGGGGGGUUUGUCCCACUGGAAGAUCAUCAUGAAGCAGACGAUGCAGAAAUGGAGCCUGCAGAACACAUUGCGCGACGGCAGAUGCAGACAGAGGAGAGAGGGUAUGUACUGCGGCAGAGGGAGGAAAAGAAAAUACCGGUUGCAGACAUCCAGAAUAACCUUUCAAACCCCUGGCGCUGCCUCGACCCCUUCGAAUCUUGUGAAGAGAAGCCCUUUAAAAGAGGAAAACAUUAUACGCUUCCUCAUGGGGUAAUAGACGAGUUAUCCUCUAACAAGAGGAAGAGGCGAAUUCCAAGCAAGCUACAAGACUUCAGUAAAUGGCUCACCUCUGCAUAUUUGGAUGGCAGAAAACACACAAAUUCUAGAAGGAAAGGGCCUACAUUUGCUGAUUUGGAAGUGUUGUAUUGGCAGCAUGCUAAGGAACGUUUGGCUACUCAGAGGCUACUGCAGAAAAGAAUGAGACCACAGUCUGGAAAGGUGGCAGAAUUACUCGCUGAUGAUGACCCACUGACUAAUAUGGACGAGGAACGUGAAGCAGACUAUCUUGAUCACGACGAUUGUCCAGAUCUCUCUGACCAUGAGGAUUUUGGUUUAAACGUGCCAGCCAGCCUACGGGAAGAGCAAACUUGUGCUAUUGAGCCAUUAGACCUCCAAGACCAACUGUCAUAUGAAGAGCUAGUGCGCAGGAAUGUGGAAUUUUUUAUUGCUAAUUCUCAGAAGUAUGCACAAGAGACGGUACUGUCACUACGUGUGCGAGAGUGGGAAGAUAAAAUGGGACCACAGCUACAAGAACAGGAAGAAAGAGAAGCUUAUGACAUUCAUGAUUAUGGUGAUCGUUUGGUCUCACAAUUCAACCAGGUGGGAGAAUGGCGCUCCUUUGCAAGUCUUAUGGCACACAGGCAGCCCUAUGAGGUGUGCAGGUAUAUGUUGGCAUCUCUACAACUGGCCAAUGACUACACAGUAGAGGUAUCGCAGAAACCAGGGCUACAAGAAGGACUGGACACAAUGUCCCUACGUCUCCUCAGUCAGCAGAAGGCACAUGAAAGGUUCAAAACAUACACUGCUCCAUCUAUUACAGAUAAGUGACCGCCUGUCUGUUCCCAGCACUUCAUCUUUCAAUGGACACUUUCACAAUUUUAUAACAUCAAGACCAAAAGAAAAACGAGAAGACUUUGCAAAGUGAGGCCAAUUUCAUUUUGCAUAACUUUGCUGACAGAGAAAAAUCACUACAGCAUGGCUGAGUGGUCCAUUGGCAUACAUAGUCUAGCUGUAUGUAUUUUAAGUACUUGAAUGGACUGCUUUGACAUGCCUCUGUGAAGUGCGUGUUAAAGUUCACUCUGCGGCUCGAACUGUUUUUUGCAUUUUAAAAAAAAUAUAUUUUUUAUUCAUUAUGUACAUACAUGUUUUUAAAAUGAUACUUUGAACAGCCUGUGUUAGCAUAUAUAUUUGUUUUAAUCUGUAUGUAUAAAAUUAAGAUUUAAACAA